AUGGGUGACUACUCGAAAGCGCUUGAAUUUUACGAAAAAGCACUUAAAAUCAAAGAAAAAGCUCUGCCUCCGAAUCAUCUCGAUUUGGCUACUUCCUACAACAACAUCGGUCUCGUGUAUGACAACAUGGGUGACUACUCGAAAGCACUUGAAUUUUACGAAAAAGCACUUAAAAUAAAAGAAAAAGCUCUGCCUCCGAAUCAUCCCGAUUUGGCUAUUUCCUACAACAACAUCGGUUUGGCGUAUUUCGGCAAAGGAGACUACUCGAAAGCACUCUCGUUCUUAGAAAAGGCACUUGCUAUUCGUCAAAAAUCACUUCCAUCAACACAUCCUCUAAUUAAAGCAACGAAAGAUAACAUUGAUCAUGUUAAAAAGAAAAUGUAA